UUCAUAGCCAUGAUGGGCGAGUUUGUCGGAACCUUCUUGUUCCUCUUCUUCGCCUUCUCAGGCACUCAAGUCGCCAACGCCUCCGCAGCUGGAGCGGCGCAGAACACCAAGAGUGCUAGCGGCGGUCUUAGCCAGACGCCGAAUGCUGCUUCGCUCCUGUACAUCUCCCUGUCCUUCGGAUUCAGCCUGGCCGUCAAUGCCUGGGUCUUCUUCCGCAUUACUGGAGGCCUGUUCAACCCAGCUGUGACCCUGGCCAUGGCACUUAUUGGGGCUGUGCCUUGGGUCCGCGCCGGCCUUGUCUUCAUCGCUCAGCUUCUCGGCGGAAUCUGUGCUGCAGCUAUCGUCUCGUGUCUCUUUCCGCAAUCGCUAAAUGUCUCGACCACGCUUGGCGGUGGCACCACCAUCGCUCGCGGUCUCUUCAUCGAGAUGUUUCUGACCGCCUUCCUCGUCUUCACGAUAUUCAUGCUCGCCGCUGAGAAGCACAAGGGCACCUACCUCGCCCCGGUUGGCAUCGGUCUCUGUCUCUUCGUGGCGGAGCUGAGCGGAGUUUAUUUCACUGGCGGCUCCCUCAACCCCGCCCGCUCCCUCGGACCAUGCGUAGUCGCCCGCAACUUCCCACAUUACCACUGGAUCUACUGGCUCGGCCCUCUCCUCGGUUCUCUGCUGGCCGUCGGCUUCUACCGCUUCGUCAAACGGAUGGAAUACGAAACCGCCAACCCGGGCCAGGAUUACGACGACAAGGAAGCC